ACUGAUAGCAUCAAGAAGGAAGUGCCAGUUUACACGAAAGGGCCACGUAUUUGUCUCUACCCUCUAACUGGUCCUCUUAUCUAAACUGUUUAUACAAAGUUUAAUGUGAUGAUCUGUUAAAACAAUUUCCAUGGAGAGGCAAGAUCAAUGAGAAAGUUAAUUACUGCACCAUACAGAAUAAUGCAAUGAUUAGUUUAUCGUUAAUCAUCAAACUUUGUUGUUUAGUGAAAAGCCAACCUGAGAAAGACAUGCCAAUUCUAUAUCACGACUUAUUCAAUGCUGCCGGCCCCUAAUUUGAACAUGUUGUUUUGGGCCUUUUGGCAGAUUUGCGGGAGUCCUUGUUAGCAGCCGCAGCUAUGAUAUUGCACACUUGUCUUUGUAAAUUCAGCCAAUUGGCACUCAAAAACUGGUUAAGCAAAUGACAUCAUCUUUGUUAACUUCUCCUUGUUUUACAGCUCCAAACCAGCCAACCCCCACCCCCAUAAAGAAGGAAACCAUAUUGUGGUAUCAUUUUCACGGAAAUCAGUUAGUUUUUCCAAAAAUGAAUCGAAUUCCCAUCUGGGUGCUCCCCGUUUUCAUAAUUCUCGUCUUUCCAGCGUCAAAUUCGGAAGAAGACAAUGUGAGGAGGUCGCUGGUACAGUUCAUGGACAAACUUUCUGGAGGAAAUAUGCAACAUGACCUCAAAUGGGGUUGGAACAAUAUUUCUGAUCCUUGCAAUGACAAAUGGGAGGGCGUGAAAUGUGACGAAAAAUCACAGAGAGUAAAGAAAAUAGUUCUUGACGGGUUCAAUUUCACUGGAAACUUUGAUGCCCUUUCUGUGUGUUCGGCCAAGUCUCUUACUGUUUUGAGCCUGAAUCGGAAUAGCAUUUAUGGCUUGAUCCCUGAAGAGAUAGGAAACUGCAAACACCUCACACACUUGUAUCUAAGUGGGAACAAGUUAUCUGGAGAUGUUCCCGACUCUCUUUCGCGGCUGAGUAACUUGAAACGGCUUGACAUAUCCACCAAUGGCUUCUCUGGUCAGGUUUCUGGUCUAUCUCGGAUUUCAGGCUUGAUGUCAUUCCUUGCAGAAAAUAAUCAACUUAGCGGGCCAAUACCAGAUUUUGAUUUCUCCAAUCUUGAGUUCUUCAAUGUCUCCAACAAUAAUUUUAGCGGACCGAUUCCUGAUGUCAAAGGCAAGUUCGCUAUUGACAGCUUUUCAGGCAAUCCUGAAUUAUGCGGAACACCACUACCCAAUGCAUGUCCGCCAUCACCUCCUCCACCACCAAAAACAGAGUCAAAGCAUUCAUCAAAAAGGGGGUUCCUUAUCUACUCAGGCUAUAUACUACUUGCACUGGUCGUGGUGUUAUUAGUUUCUCUAAAAUUGAUUAGUAAGCACAAGCAUAAUUCAGAAAAGAUCGAAUCUAAGGUGAUAACAGAUUCUAGCAGCAAACAUAGCGUUUCUUCAGCUGAAAUCAAGAACCCUGGAAAUAGAUCAGAGUAUUCAAUUACAUCAGCUGAUAGUGGAAUGGCUUCAUCAUCACUUGUGGUUCUUACAAGUCCUCUAGUGGACGAGUUGAGGUUCGAUGACUUGCUUCGAGCUCCUGCUGAGUUGCUUGGGAGAGGAAAGCAUGGAAGCCUAUACAAGGUAUUGCUUAAUGAUGGGGUGAUUUUGACUGUGAAGAGGAUCAAAUACUGGGGCAUUUCCAGUGAAGAUUUCAAGAAGCGAAUGGAGAGGAUAGACCGAGUGAAGCAUUCAAGAGUGUUGCCACCAAUUGCAUUUUACUGCUCGGAGCAAGAGAAACUUUUGGUGUACGAAUAUCAGCCAAAUGGCAGUCUCUUCAAACUUCUCCAUGGAUCCCAAACUGGGCAAGCAUUUGACUGGGGAAGCAGACUCAGUAUUGCAACUAGUAUUGCUGAGACCUUAGCAUUUAUGCACCAGGAAUUUCGCGAAGAUGGGAUUGCUCAUGGGAACUUGAAAUCAACAAACAUUUUAUUUAAUAGGAAUAUGGAGCCCUGCGUCAGUGAAUAUGGCCUAAUGGUGGUUGAAAAUCAAGAUCAGUCAAACGUUUCUCAAACUGACAGUUACAAACACAAUGAUCCGAGUAGAGACAACAUAUACAGCACCUUCAAGGUUGAUGUCUAUGCCUUUGGUGUGAUUCUCCUUGAGCUUCUGACGGGGAAGCUAGUCCAAAAUAAUGGGUUUGAUUUGGCAAGGUGGGUGCACUCAGUGGUUAGAGAAGAAUGGACUGUUGAAGUUUUUGACAAGGCCUUGAUCUCAGAAGGUGCAAGCGAAGAGAGGAUGGUGAACUUAUUACAGGUAGCAUUGAAGUGCAUACAACCUUCUCCAAAUGAAAGGCCAGACAUAACUCAAAUUGCUGUAAUGAUAAACACAAUAAAUGAUGAAGAAGGGAGAUCCAUAAGCUCAGAACCGUGAAUAGACAUUCCCCUGGACAUAUUUGCUACAGAAAUGUGGAAAUUUUGCUUGUAAUUCUUGCAUGUCUGAAUCAAGAGUUGUUUUAAAAUAUGUUGGAAAUAAUUCUUAGCUUCAAAAUUUGCAAUUUUGAUUAUUAUACUUUUAUCUUUUUAAUCAUCGUACUCUCCAAGUUUAUCUUAAUAGAUGCAAACACUAAAUGAAAAUUAAUCCUGCAUUGGUUCCAGAUUAACUUGGUUGAACUUUUCACCUUAAUUACUUUGAUAGAAAAAUCAUAAGUAAUAAAGAACAAGUAAAGAGAAAAAAAAAAUAGUCAAGCUACAUUAUUGUCUGAAAUAACAACUGGCUGCAGGAUACCUCACUUGAGCAAGGAUGCUGCAGAAUGCAAUAAGACACACUAGUCUUUUGAAUCUCUGCAGUUGACAUGUAACACCAAGGGGCUGUAUUGCUGUUCUGAAUAGGUCUGCCAUUUGCUCGUGAAUGACCAGAGCCAAAAGACAAAAAAAAAAUAAUUACAAGACUCCAAUCUUGUAAUCCACAAGGAAGCCAAGAUUUCAAUCACUGUGUCUAAGUAAGAACCUUCAACAUGCAUAUAAUCAAACAAAACUUCCAGAUUUACUUCUUUGAUUGGACACAAA